AAACUAGCCAGCAAACUGAGCUCGUCGCUGGGGCGAUCAGCUGGGAAGAAGUUCCGUGCAGCAAUGGAGCCUGGGCCGUGUAGUCCCGUUAGCAACGGAGGCGCAGCUCCUCUUUUGUUGCCAGUUCCCUCUGUACCGGGCCCUAAGUACCACCUCUUAGCUCAUACCACCCUGUCGCUGUCACACGUCCAGGACAGCUUUCGCACACAUGACCUCACCAUCUCAGGCAACGAAGAGUGCUCAUGUCCCCUCGCUCUAUGGCAGUAUGUGUAGCCGCCUCGCAGCUCAGCCUCACUGUAUGACCCAGCAGAUGAUGAGUGGAUGUUUGAAAGUGAAGCAGGUGGGCGGUGACCCUCAGAGUUGGACAAAAGUGUACGGCGCUCUAAAAGGAACGAGCCUUUUCUGUUACCACCGGCAAGAAGACGUGGAGGCUAACGUUGAGCCAGCUUUCACUAUUGCCAUCAACAAGGAGACCAGAAUACGUGCGUCAGAGAAAGACCCCCAAAGUAAAGUUCAGAAUAUCUGUAUCAGUAACCAGUACGGAGGAGAGGAGGUCACACACACCCUGACAACAGACAGCCGGGACGACACACACCGGUGGAUGGAGGCCUUUUGGCAACAUUUCUAUGACAUGAGCCAGUGGAAACAGUGCUGUGAUGACUUAAUGAAAAUUGAACUGCCAUCGCCAAGGAAACCGGCCCCUGCCACACCAAAACAGGGCUCGCUCUAUCACGAAAUGGUUAUUGAGUCGUCUGACGACCUGAGCAGCACCGUGUCGGACAUCCUGGCUCGGAGGAUGCAGGAGCUGGAGCUCCGCAGCCAGCUGGGCACCUCUCCCACCUGGAUGUCUGUGUUUGAGGAGAACAACCCCAUAAGCGCUGGCCGCCCCCGUCCCUGUACCUCUCGCCUCUCUGGCCACAGCCCCUGCACCCCUCAUCGCCUGCCCCGGAGCCCCGUGAGCCCCCACCGCUGCCCGCAGCUGAGUCUGCUGUCCUCCGAUGCGAGCCUGACCUCGGACAGCGACAGCCACUGCAGCACCAGCCCCUGCUCUCACCGCCACGGCUGGCCCGAGCCCUCUUCAAACUUCUCUCUCUUGUUGUCUUCCCCGUCCCGCCUGAGGCCACGCACCCUGUCGCUGGAUGCUAAGCUCAGCACCCUUCGAGGGAGGGGGUACGGAGCAGGGACCCUCCAGUGCCCCUGCCAGCCUCCCGCCUCCUCGCUGCUCGCCCCGCUCCCCGUUUCCUCUCGUUCACCUCGGUCCCAGCGCGGCACACAGACCACGCUCUCCUGCUCCAGCUCCACCUCCAGCAGCAGCUCGGGCACCAGCGAGGGCAGCCACAGCCCCGAGUCGUCUGAGGGAGCCCCCUUCUCGAGGCCCUCCCCGGCUCGACGCAGCGGCCCUCCAGGGCGGACUGUGGAUCCCCGCGCGGCAGCGGCAGCUCCGCGGGCUGCUGAACUACGCCCGCUGCCUGACCGCCAUGGCCUGGCUUAG